AUGGAGAUGCAGCAGUUGCCCCGCCAGCAACCACAACAGCAGCAGCAGCAACAGCAGCAGCAGCAGGGGCAGCGGUCGCAUUUCGGGGCAUCAGAGGAUGAGGAUCUAGAGCAGAAACAGCAACAACCACAUAACCAAUCACAGAAAACACAGCAACAGCAGCAGCAACAACAACUAGAAGAACAUCUCAAGGAUGCGGAAAUGAUGACCGAUAAGCCGAGCGAGAAGCAACAACAGCAGCAAGAACAGUACCAACAAAAGCAAUCUGAAGAUUUGGAUAUGGAACUAACCGACGAUCAGGGUGUAAACGAUGGGGAGAAUGAGCAGGAGGCAGUCGACGACGAUGACGACGAGGACGACGAAGAUGAGGAGGACGAGGACGACGAUGGUACCAUCGUGGAGGACAGCGAUGCCACCAGCUGCAGCAGUUGUCACCGCGCCGAACUGGAGGAUAACCAGCAGGAACAACAAACGUCUUCUUCUCCCCAAAAAGAUCGGGUUGUCACCUAGAUGCAUUAACGGGCGAUCUCUUCCGCAAAAUGGAGAGGAUGCACACGCAUGAAUGCAAGGAAUACCGAUUUGUUGGUGGUAUAGCUUUUUGCUGAGUAACUUAAAAUGAUAAAGCGAAACAACAAUGUUCAAUAAGAAAGCGCUACUAGUACACACAAUAUACACAACAAGAAACUGAGGAACUUGUUCACAAGCAUGAACCAACGCUGUUUAGUUUUGAAAUCACCAUUUCCCAUCCCAAGCUUCGGCAUGUAUAAAUUGAUAAUAUAGUUUAGAAUUAGCAAUUGGUUACCAUUUGGAUUGCAUUCGCGCCCCAUGAUUCGAACUUCUGUUGGGAUACUUAUAUUUUUUCUUUGGCAAAUGUAUUAUGUGCUGGCGCUUUGUUUGGCCUUAUAAUUUACUUAUGAAACCUGCAAAUGCGUAAUUAAAUAAUUGUUAACUAGAAAUGAACCAAAAA